GUGCGUCUUCCCCGUUUUGGGACGCACCCCGGGCGGACCGAGACCGCCGAUAAACCCCGUAACCAGACCUCAGGAAAAAGCCAUCGGCAAGCCGGCAACAGCGCGCUUCAAGCGCACGACUCGCGCUCGUCCCGCCAGUCAGUCAGUGAGAGUGCUUCGCAGAUGGCGCAGGCCAGGCGCUUGUGUUGUUCGCGGGCCAGUGCCGGGGGGCCCCUGCUGAAAGAGCCGGGCCCUCGCAGCCCGGACACCUUGCUCGAUAUCACGGCAAAAAUCGUCGCGGAGAACAUUCCCUUUCAGCGUAUCGAGGAGCGCUACGACCGGAUCCCGGAGCCGGUGCAGCGGAGGAUAAUUUUUUGGUCGUUUCCGAGGAAUGAGAGGGACAUUUGCAUGUACUCGUCGCUGUCACGGGUGCCUCCCGUGAACGCGAGUGGCGAACCGCAGAAUCUGUCGUUCUGCAAGGGAUUAAAGUUGCUCGAGAGUGGGUGUGUGGACGGGGUGCUGCAAGUCGGUUUUCAUCUAAGCGGCAUCGUAACCGCCUCACGAUCCUCCCCAACGGCGACGUUACCUUGUGGUGCUCCCGAACCACCACAAAAAUUCAAGGUUUCCGUUAGUUUUGAUAGGUGUAAAAUAACUUCAGUAACAUGCAGUUGCGAAACGAAAGACAUUUUCUGGUGUCAACAUGUCGUAGCUUUAUCCUUGUAUCGAAUCAGAAAUGCAGAGAUUGUCAGGCUACGAGUUCCUAUUUCAGAAACCCUUCUCCAAAUGGACAGACAACAGCUCCAGAAGUUCGUCCAGUACCUGAUCUCAGAACACCACACGGAGGUGUUGCCGACUGCCCAAAAGUUGGCGGACGAGAUACUGCAACAACGUUCCGAAAUCAAUCAGAUACCCGGGGCCCCCGACCCAACAGCGGGGGCAUCGGCAGACGAUGAACACUCUUGGCACUUGGACGAAGAGCAAGUCUGCGAACAAGUCAAAAGCUAUCUGUCUCAGGGCGCAUACUACAAUGCCAACAAGCAGCUGAAUUCGCUGUUUUCAAAAGUGAGAGAAAUGCUUAGAGCGCAGGACUCGAACGGAGCCCGAAUGUUGACUCUCAUAACUGAACAGUUCCUAUCAGACCCGAGGCUGCAGAUGUGGCGAAACCAAGGCACGCCAAUGACCGAUAAGUGUCGCCAGCUGUGGGACCAACUCGGCUCCCUGUGGGUCUGCAUCGUGCUGAACCCUAAUUGCAACCUGCACGAAAAGCAUCAGUGGAAAGCCCUGCUAGAAAAAUGGACAAUCAUCGACGUGUGUCCACCAGAAGACCCAGAUUUUAGGUUGCAGCAAGGAUCCAGAGAUUCGUACUCGAACCGGGAUAGAGAUCGCGACAGGUACGACGAAAGGUACAGAGACAGAGACAGAUACGCCGAUAGAGAGAGGGACCGCAGGGACAGGAGGGAUCGAGACAGAGAGAGAGAAAGAGACAGGAAUCGAGCAGCGUAUGACUCAUCUGACAGUUCUGACGAUGACGACGAUUCGUACUCACAUAGGAGUAGUAAGCGAAUGAGAUUGACGGGGAGUACUGCUAAGUCACAUACGCCUGCGUUACCUAGAUCUAUAUUUCAUAGAGCUUUGGAUGCUGUUAGCAUGUCUUGGGACAAUAUGCACCUCAAGAAUAUUCUGUCUAGUGAUACUUACUGUUCUCAUGUUCCUGAUACUUCCAGUUCUGGUAGUUUUAAUUCUCAAGGGCAGCCUCUGUGGAAUGAAUCAAUUCCGUUAUGUGCUGCCCGAGUCGACUCUCUCCGCUCCCAUGGUCAUAUGGAGGCGGCUUUGCGACUCGCCGUAUCCGUUGUCCGUACCAUGAAGCAGCAGCAGCUUGUGGCGCAGCGUAAGUGGCACGAGAGUCAGCAGCAGAGUACCGCCUCCACCUCCGGAAGCAGCAGUAGCAGCAGUGUAGGCGGCACCAGCAAGAGCCAGUCCACUUGCAAAAUGACGGCGUGCACGUCGCGAUGCCAGGGACAGUGCAACGUUAAUUCCUGUUCAACGACAUCGGUGAACGCCCCCACUAACCUGGACGGCUGGGUGGGACACCCCUUGGACCCCAUCGGAUGUCUGUUCGACACUCUGGCAGACGCGUCGGCCAUUCCGGACCACGACAGGCCUAGAACGCCGAGUUACUUGGACUUGGUAGGCAUGGAGGACCAACACAACAAUAUCAGACCACGAUAUCACCACGUACCUGUUGUAGGAUCCCGUGACAGGUCGGAAACAUAUCUGACACUCGCUUUCGAAGUGGCGCUGAUCGGUUUGGGUCAGCAAAGAGUCAUGCCAGUUGGACUUUAUGCUCAGGAGAAAGCUUGCAAGCAAGAAGACCGUCUCAUAGCAAAACUGCAAGAGAUCGAAUUAGACAAUAGCUUGGUGGCAGUUCUGAGGCGGCAGGCCAUCAUCCUGUUGGAAGGUGGACCUACCAGUGGUCUGGGCAUCGGCAUCCACCCGGAAAGCAUCCCAAUGCACACUUUCGCCCGGUUCAUGUUCCUGUCACUGCUAAACUACUACCCCGAUCUAGCCUAUGAAGUUGGUUUGAGGGCGAUGAGGCUGCCCCUGUUGGAGGAGCACGAAGAUUCGGACGACCCUUUAGGCGGAAACGCCAGCAGCUCGCUCAUGAUGAGUAGAUCUCCACGGUGGUUUACUCUGGGCCACAUUGAGACGCAGCAGUGCGCUCUCAGUUCCACCAUGUUGAGUGCUGCCAAAGGUGAAGUCAUGAGAUUGAGAACUGUCCUGGAGUCAUCGCAGAGGCACAUCCACAGCUCUUCCCAUUUGUUCAAGCUGGCACAGGAUGCCUUUCGUUUCGCAACGCCAGAAAAUGGUCCCAGACACCCAACACUAUUGAGCGUAGCCUUUGAGUUGGGGUUACAAGUUAUGAGAAUGACGCUUUCCUCGCUGAACUGGAGGAGAAGGGAGAUGGUUAGGUGGCUGGUGACGUGUGCCACUGAAGUAGGGGUGGACGCCCUCAUGUCCAUAAUGCAGAACUGGUACCAGUUCUUCACGGCGACUGAGGCGACGGGGCCCGUAGCGACAACGAUCAUGAACCACAGCACUAUCAUGAGACUCAAUCUCAACUUUGCCCAGCAGGAAGAACUGUCCAGUUGCGCGAGGACGCUGGCCUUGCAGUGUGCAACUAAGGAUCCCCCAAAUUGUGCCUUGAAUGCCCUAACAUUGUGCGAGAACGAAGCAUUGGCCUUCGAAACGGCCUACCAGAUUGUUGUAGAUGCGGCGUCUCACAUCAUGACUUCUUCUCAGCUGUUCACGAUCGCACGAUACAUGGAACACCGGGGCUACCCCACCAGGGCCUAUAAGUUAGCCAUGCUUGCCAUGAAAAACGUCCAUCUCGCCUACAAUCAGGACACCCAUCCGGCGAUAAAUGACAUUCACUGGGCAUGCGCCUUGAGCCAUUCCCUCGGCAAGACGGAGCUGUCCAAUAUGAUCCCUUUGCUGGUGAAGAACGUCCAGUGCGCAACCGUUCUCUCCGAUAUCUUGCGCCGGUGUAGCAUGACGGCGCCCGGAAUCUCGUGCCCGCACCCGCCGCCCCCUCCGCCCCUGGACAAGCAGCAUGCGCCGCACCCGCACCGAGCUCGGUGCGCUACCGGGGGCGUCAAGCCGCUCUCGUACGACCGCCCUCCUUUGCGCCAGCUGCUCGAGGCGGCCGUCGCGGCGUACAUCAACACGACGCACUCGCGCCUCACUCACAUCUCGCCGAGACACUACGGAGACUUCAUCGACUUCCUGACGAAGGCGCGAGACACGUUCGUACUGGCGCACGACGGACACGGCCAGUUCUCGCAACUGAUCGAGAACAUGAAGGUCGCCUACAAAGGCAAGAAGAAGCUCAUGUUCCUUGUCAAGGAAAGAUUCGGCUGAUACGCGGCGACCAGGAGGAGGUGCAUCUAGCCGGGAUGCUGGUGCGCCCCCCUCGCUCGCAGACGGUGAGAGGACCUGACGAGGACUUUUUGCCCUUUUCGAGUGUUGCUGCGACUUGUAAAAUAUUGAAAAUGCAAAACUUUUUUGUUAUUAUGGAACUUCUGGUAGUUUUACUAGGAAAAAACUGUCCUGUCCCAAAAAGAAGAAUCUUUAGCAGAGAUUAGUUUUUGGGAAAAACUUUUUGAUUUUUUACUUCUCCAUCUUUAAACAAAAACUUUUUUCAUUUCCCAAAUCAUAGUAUUCAUAAUGCUUCAAUUUAAAUCAAUAAGAUAAAUGAAGCUUUGAAUCAAAUCAUCAUAUAAAAAGUUGAUAAAACACACCCUCUUAUUUUUGAGUUGUCAAAUCGAAUUGAAGUUUUAUUUUUGCUGCAAAUACAAUCAUUCUGCUAUUGAAAAUAUAUGUGACAUGACGUAAUUGAGAGAAAUGGGCAAAUAUGAAAAUUCUAAAUAGAAUAUGAAAAAAGUGAUGCGAAGAAAAAAUAAAACGAUAGAUAAAAAGCUAUAAUAAACAAAAAGACACAGAAAAGUUUUAAAAAAAGCAAGUGAUUUGGGUGCAAUAGAUAGGAACAGAAAAGCAGAUCGAAAAAAUGUAAGAGAAAACACAAAAAUGAGACUACAAAUGUAAUUAUGUUCCAAGAAUAUAUUUAGCAUUUUCAAAAUGUUCGUAAUCGACAAUAUUGAUAUAAAAAUGUUUUGUUAUUAAUUUAUAAAAAAUGUUUAUGUUUUGAUAAAUAAUGAAGUAUCCAAAAAUUGUUUGAAAUCUUCAAGAAGUGAAAAUAGAUUUUGAUUAAUAAUAAUAGCACAUGAAAACAAAACUCUGUAAUAUAAGAUGAGAUUAACAUGAUUUAAUAAUUGCAAUACAAAUGAUUUACACCUGAAUUAAAAACAAUCUGCACCCUU